AUUGAACCUUGAACGAGCAAUUCCACACACCCGCAACAUGCCAUACUUAUUACGACCGGGCUCGAGGCUCUUCGUCCGCCCAAUCCAACGCUGCGCAUACUCCAGCGCGCCAUCGCCCGUAAUCAACGUUGUGAACUAUCCGGCACCGCAUUCUGGAAACAUUCGAAUCCUUUCCUUGAACCGACCUGCCGCGCGCAAUGCAAUCUCAAGACAAUUGCUCUCCGAGCUCAACCAGCAGAUCACUAGCAUACACAACGAAGGACAGACAGGACCAACCAGAGCUCUGAUCUUGGCUAGCGAGGUCGACACAAGUUUCUGCGCAGGCGCAGACUUGAAAGAAAGAGUUACAUUCACCCAAGAAGACACCGCCAACUUCCUCACCUCUCUCCGGAGCACCCUAACCUCGAUCCAAACGCUCCCGAUCCCCACAAUCUCCGCCCUCGCAGCCCCCGCAUUCGGCGGCGGCCUCGAGCUCGCCCUAACAACACACAUGCGCGUCUUCGGCAGUACGACAACCGUCGCACUCCCCGAGACACGACUCGCCAUCAUUCCCGGCGCAGGCGGUACCUACCGCCUCCCCGCGCUCAUCGGGCUCGCACGCGCGCGGGACAUGAUCCUCACAGGCCGCCGGGUCGGCGCGCCAGAAGCGUAUUUCCUGGGUCUUUGUGAUAGAUUGGUGGAGAUUACGCCUGAGGAGCAGGCGAAGGAGGGCGAGGCGAGGAAGAAGGUGCUGAACGAGGCGGUGCAGCUUGCUAUCACAAUAUGCGAGGGUGGACCUAUCGCGAUCCGGGCUGCAUUGGCCGCGGUCGAGGGGUGUGUGUUGGGGGAGAAGGCGGAGAAUGCGGCGUAUGAAUUGGUUGUUAAGACGAAGGAUAGAGAUGAGGCGUUGGCGGCGUUUAGGGAGAAGAGGAAGGCCGUCUUCAAGGGGGAGUGAGUCCGCAAGUUUCGAGAAGGAAGAGAGCACGUUUUGUAGCGAACGUCGUGUUUGUGAGCGGAGCAGACAGACCAGUAGACCAUCAAGUCCGCUUCCAUACUUCACUACAUGAUCACGUAACAGCUCUCUACAUCUUACUCCUAAUCUCCUCCAACAACUUCUUCAAUUCGCCCGG